AUGGAUGGAUUUUUAAAAUCAGAUGAGAGACAAAGACUAGCCAAAGAGAGAAGAGAAGAAAGAGAAAAAUGUCUGGCUGCCCGGGAGCAGCAGAUCCUGGAGAAACAGAAAAGAGCUAAGCUCCAGUAUGAAAAGCAAAUUGAGGAGCGAUGGCGGAAACUGGAAGAGCAGCGACAACGGGAGGAUCAAAAGAGGGCUGCUGUAGAAGAGAAGAGGAAGCAGAAGCUCCGAGAGGAGGAGGAGCGACUGGAGGCAAUGAUGCGCCGGUCCCUGGAGCGUACACAGCAGCUGGAGCUGAAGAAGAAGUGUUCGUGGGGAACAUCACUGGCCACAGGACCUGGAGGACGUGAUGGUGAAUCAGAAAAUACCCCACCCCCUCCUCUAGGUUUAGCAGCCAGCACUCUUCCUCCGGACGCAGGGACCACUGCCACCGCUGCCGAGUCCAGCAACGCAUGUGACAAACUUUCUACAUCAACCAUGAAUUUGCCAAAGCAGAUGGAGCCUCCCAUGAGUAAACGCCUGUCUUCAUCCACCGUGGCAAUAUCCUAUUCCCCAGACCGAGCUCCUGUUGGCCCUCUUAAAUCUUCGUACAAGUCUUCUCCUACCCGAACCACUGAGAGGAAGAAGGCUACAGCUACAUCUGGUGCAGGAGAUGCUGGGAAAGGAGCCCCAGCAGGAGCAGAGGCCUCUCCGGUGGAGAAGGUGAAGAGGGGACAGCGAGCGACAACUUCCAUCCCUGCCGGGGGCCUCGGAUCCCCACUGAGAAGAUGCGAGCUUCCCGCAGGCCUUCCUAAGAGAUCAUCUUCUCCUGUGUUAUCCAAGACAACUUCAAAAGUAUAUCCUCAGUCUCCAAAGACAGUGAAGCCAUCAUACCCAGGGUCUCCUGUGAAGUACCGCUUUCCCCCCAUUCCCAACCAAGAAACACCCAAGAAGAAAGCAGAGAAAGAGAAGAGCAACAAGGAAAAGGAAGGUGCCUCAAGUCAGGCUGCUGGCCAUCUUGGAGAGGAAAUUCCAGAGAAGUAUGUGGCAGACAAACAUGCCACCGAAAAGCAUAUGGCAGACAAACAGGCCACUGAGAAGCACGUGGUAGAUAAGCAUGCCACCGAGAAGCACAUGGUGGAGAAGCAUGUGGAGGACAAGCAUGCCACUGAGAAAUAUGCUGCCACAGGAGGGAAGGUUGAGAGCAAUACAGCCUUGGGGAAGCCUACAGCAGGCACCACUGAUGCAGGAGAGGCUGCAAAGAUCCUAGCUGAGAAGAGAAGACAGGCUCGGCUGCAGAAGGAACAGGAGGAGCAAGAACGAUUGGAGAAGGAAGAACAAGAAAGGCUAGAGAGAGAAGAAUUGAAAAGAAAAGCAGAGGAGGAAAGGCUGCGCCUAGAAGAAGCAGCCCGUAAGCAAGAGGAGGAAAAGAAAUGGCAGGAAGAGGAAGAAAGAAGAAAGGCAGGAGAGGAGGCUAAGCAGAAGGCAGAGGAGGAGCUGUUGCUGAAAGGAAAGCAAGAAAAAGAAAAACAAGAAAAAGCCAUGAUUGAAAAGCAGAAAGAAGCAGCAGAAGCAAAGGCCCAGGAGGCAGCUAAACAGAUGCGUCUAGAAAGAGAACAAAUCAUGCUGCAGAUUGAGCAGGAGAGACUGGAGAGGAAGAAGAGAAUAGAUGAAAUCAUGAAGAGAACAAGGAAGAGUGAUGUGUCUCCAGAAGUGAAGAAAGAAGACUCAAAAGUGGAGAUUCAGCCUGUUCUAUGUGUGGAAAAUAAGACAAAACCAGUUGUCCCCAACAAAAUAGAAAUCAAUGGAUUGAACACCUGCCAGGAGGUUAAUGCUGUGGGGCGCGCUGCCCCAGAAACUUUUCCACGAGAUGUUUUUUCUAAUGGGCUUAAACCAGUUGGGGCAUUUGUUCAUCUGGAUGCCCUUGAUGGGAAAUCAAACAGUCUGGAUGAUUCAACCGAAGAAGUUCAGUCUAUGGAUGUGAGUCCUGUUUCCAAAGAAGAACUUAUCUCCAUCCCAGAAUUUUCACCAGUGAGUGAAAUGAUUCCUGGGAUGUCUCUGGACCAAAAUGGAACUGGUAAUGCCCGAGCACUUCAAGAUCUCUUAGAUUUCACUGGUCCCCCGUUCCCCAAGAGAUCCAGUGAAAAUCUCAGCCUGGAUGACUGUAACAAAAACCUUAUUGAAGGAUUUAACAGUCCUGGCCAAGAAACUACUCUGAACUCCUUCUGUUGACAAAUACAACAUCCCUUUAAUGAAAGGUGGUGUUUGGAAAACCUGUGAAGUUCCCGGUAGUCAAAUCAGCUGCCGGUCAUCUGAAGAAGCUUCUGUCACCCUUUAAGCUGG